AUGAACCAAAAUGACAUGGUGGUAAACUCAAUGAUUCCAGAAGGUAAGCAAUCAAACAGCAGUAGCCGACGUGUUUCGCGUGAACUUGACCUCGAACUUGAUUUACGACUGGUAUCAAGUACUGAAUCCGUGGGGCACUCACCACCAACCCACGAUAUGUCUAGCCCCUUCAUCGAGGAUCCACUACCCACCCGCAAAGCUAAAGGGAGCUUUUCUCAAGGCGGACUAUUCGAAAACAAAGACACCUCUGAGGGGUCUAACCCCACGAGUCUGAAACUGCUAAGUAAACCACACAGUGAUGCCGGACUCGGCAAGUCUUCACCCGUUAAGAAUGAAUCCUUUGUUGAUAAUUCUCUUGAAGAUGCCAGUCAUUUACACCAAACUCCGAUAAAGUUGAGCAAUAACAAUGUGUCACCAUGGAGACAAUUUCGACCUCCUAGUAAUUUGAGCAUGUUGCAAAAUUCAUCAACAAUUUUCAACAAUAAGCCAGAUUUAAAGUAUGGUCUACCCAACCCAAACUCAGCUGCAUCAGAAAUGAGCACCAAGUCCGAAAUAAAGAAGCUCAAUGACGAGAUAUACAAUUACCAAGUCAAGGUCAAAAUGAUGGCGGAUUUUUUGCGAGAUCUCAUUGCCAAGGGGAGUUUCGACACCAGCGAGAUACGGCUGAUAAUAGCUGAUGUGGAUAUCAAGCCAGUGCAACUUCCACUGUUGCAAGAAAAGCGAAUCCAAGAACUCGAAGCUGACAAGAAAGAGUGUCUUGAAAUCAUAAACGAAUUGCAAAUAAAUCUUGAAAGUUUUGAAAGCUGUGCCAACAAGCAAAGCGCAGAAUUGGACUACUUGAACAGUGUCCAUCGUCAGUGUUUAAGUCUAAUUAAGAAAUUUGCCGAUUAUUUGCGCCAAGAUGAGAGGCUAUCAAACUGGAGGAGCAGUUUAGAUCAACAGUUGGCCACAUCGCUUGACGAGCAAGUGGAACAUCUUGUUCACAUUGCGCAAGAUGCUAUGAUUGCAAUGAUCAAUAAAAAGGAUCAAGUGUCACAGAACAUAAGCUCACCACUAACUCCACCAGGAACGAAUUACGAACUGGAUAGCACAACGAAUUUGAUCCACGAAGUAGAACAUUUGAAAAUGGAGAAUAAAGAUAUUUCAGAAAGAUAUGAGUCCACGUUGAAUAAACUAAAUGACAGAGAACAAGAAGUGCAAGAGUUGCAAAGACAGCUUAAAAUUGCAAAUGCGUCCAAUAUGGAAUCCAAACAAUUGUUUGAAUCUGUAGAUAAAGAACACAAUGACAAAUUGAUGUACCUACAGUCUAAAAUUGACCAACUAGAGAAUGAUACUGGAGAAGAGGGACCUCAAAAUGCAUUGCCUAGCAGCAAGGACACAGUGUCGCAGACUCAAUAUGACAGUCUAAUGAUACAACACCAAGAUCUCCAAAACGCAUAUGCAUCACUAUUGGAGGAACUAAACGCACUUCGAGAAUCUUCUGCAUCUCGCCACACUCCAGUGGAAGAGGAGAAAGAAGAGCAACACAGUGCAAACCUGGAAACAACAUAUCUCAGCGAACAAACAAACAGAGAGAGUGCAGUUCGAGAAGAUUUAAAUCGUGCCAUGAAGCAGCAACAGUUACACGAAGCCGAGCAAGCUCAAAUGUCGUUUAUCGUAUCCACCAUAAGAAAGGAGAAUGAAGAGCUACGAUCAAGAGUGAAGAAGAUGACUGACUUGGUUACCUACACCGAGUCCAGCGGAAAGGAGGAGGUGCUCAAACGGUUGUCAGUGAUGGAGUUUCAAUUUAAGGAUUUGCUUAAAUUCGACUUGGGCGAAUUUCAAAAGUUGAUACAGUCAUUCAAUAAAGUAGCCGAGGAUGAGUCGUUACUCAACCCAAUAAGGAGAUACGAGAGGAUCAAGAAAGCCCUUGUUGUUGAUCUUGAUGAAAGCAGUACUCGAACUUUGAGAGACAACCACAAGUCCAUGUUUGAAUAUUUUGUUCGUGCAACUGACAUCUUGAUUAACAACUAUGUGAGGUUGUUGCUAGCGGAAGAUGAGACACAACACGCAGAAGUAUUGAAGAAACAAGUGACAAAACUCAAGGAGCAAAAUGCAAUUUUAAGAAGGGAAUUAGAGGACUUGCAAAGAGCGAGGUCAAUGUCCUUUGAAGUUGAGUCUCAGCCACCGAAUUCGCAGUUGAGAUUAACUGAAAUGAGACGAAAGUGGAAGGCAGAGCGAGAAAGACGCAUAAUGGAGGACAAAGAAGCUCAAAAGCGAUAUAAUGAAUUGAGAAAUGAACUUUCUGGUGCGGGAUUCGAGCUGUGA